AUUAUAGUAUUAUUAUUAAGAUUAUUAUUAUUAGUAGUAGUAUAAGUAGUAUCCACAUUAUCUAAGUUAGUAUAAAGUAAGAUACUGUAUGUGGCCCAUGUUACAUACUCCGGUACAAUAGGUGGCGGUAUGCACCUUUUAAAGUCAUGGUUGCAACCCGCCAUUAAACUAAAAGAAGAAGAAGAAGAGGGUAGUUGAGGACUUAGGGAACAGUAUUUCCGACAACAGAUGGAUACCAUGAACGCAACUGUUUAUGACGACACAGGAAGUGAUCGCGUUAGGCUAGCUGUUUGAGCUAGCAGUUUGCUUCUAACUGGUGGUAGGUAACCACGUUCAAGUCUUUGGUAAGUUGUUGUUCGUGUAUUUUGGUUAAUUUAGACACUUUUGGAAGUUUGUCCCUCAGCGAGUGCGCCAACAAACAAUUCGACGCUAUCGGCUAACAGUAGCUAAACCUGUGUAAAUAUUUGGUUGAUUGGCUCCAGAUGGAUUCUCCUCGGCAAUCUAACCGGUCCAGCCAAAAACGAGAAGUAAAGGUCAGCCAAAGUGAGUCCAAAACUCCUCGUCGUAAAGAUGCCUAUGCCAGGCUUCUGAGCCAGCACCGCAGCUGCACUUUCACCAAAUUCCUGGAGCAGUAUGCCCAGGAGUCUCUCCCAAGGGAAGACAAUGGGCCGGGUGUACCGCUUAAAGCUCAGGGUGACAGGUUGAACAUGCACCAACAAAAAGUGGACCCAGUACCAAAUAUUUCAUCUGAUUCCAGUGACUUUUCCCCCUCUUCCUGGAAAGACAAAGGAGACGAGAGCUCCCUGUCUUUGUAUAUGAUGAAAUUAAGCAUUCACAAUGCACAGCAAGAUGGUGAAAGGAAACCGGGUGUGUCUGAGAAGCAGCGAAAGACACAGAGAAGGGAUACCGCCACCAGCCAAGAUGGAGACAUUGAGUCCGGUGAGGAGCUCAGUGUUUUAGGACCAAAUGACACCAAGAAGCACCAGCGUCAGCGGAAGAAAACCAAAGACUCCAACAAGGACAUCUCAAAGGAUGGCGGCCUGUUGGUGGAGUACAAAUCCUGCUCAAACAAACCUGAGCAAGAGGACACAAAGAAGGCAAAAAAAAAUAAUCUAUCCAAGCAGCCGGACGAUAAGAUAAAAGAUUCGAUAACAAAAUGUGGAGGCGACUGUCACAAGCCAAGACCUAAGUCCCCUCAUGAUAAAAACAAACAGCAAGCGCCCACAGCGUCCAGUGUCAACUCGACUGCAGAGAAGAAUAAGAACAGAGGAGGCAGGGGGUCGAGGAAACAAGUGUUUGAACCGUAUAUGACCUCUGAGGACGUUUCUCACGGCCUUAAACGGGGAGAACUUAUUCAGGGACAACUGCGAAUCAACCCCAAGAAGUACCAUGAAGCGUUCAUCCCAUCCCCUGAUGACACUCGAGAUAUCUUUUUGGAUGGGAUUAUAGCUCGUAACAGGGCACUGAAUGGAGACAUAGUUGUGGUGCAAGUCUUACCACGGGAGCAAUGGAAGGUUGUGAGGUCGGACACUGACUGUGAAGGAGCCAGUGAGCCAGAGACCCAGAAGGCACGUGUGCUACAAACUACACAGAAUAAGAUGGAGCAAAAGCCACACGUGUCUGUGGAAGAACAGCAUAGCGACCCGGAUGAACUUGCAUGCAAAGGCCCACUGAGAAACACCUUAACACCACAGUCCAAUGGGGAAAUGCUCCAGAUGACUGCUAAAGUGGUGUACAUUGUUGAAAAGAAGCACUCAAGGGCUGUGACAGGCGCCCUAAAAUUUCUGCCCGACAAACCUUUUGCCAUGUUCUCCCCCGUGGACCACCGCGUGCCAAGGAUUAAUGUUCCCCUAACUGACUGCCCAGAGGACUUUAGCUCCCGCCCGGGGGAUUACGCCAACACCCUGUUCAUCUGCCGUAUCACCAACUGGCCAUCUGACAAUAACUUUGCAGAAGGCCGACUGGCCAAGACGUUGGGUCAAGCUGGAGAAAUCGAGCCGGAAACCGAAGGUAUUCUGGUAGAGUAUGACGUCGAUUUUUCGGAGUUCUCAGAUGAAGUGUUAGACUGCUUGCCCAAGAAUGUGCCGUGGAUCAUCCCACCUGAGGAGAUGACCAAGAGAAGAGACCUAAGGAAGGAGUGCAUCUUCACAAUUGACCCAGCGACUGCCAGAGACCUGGAUGAUGCCUUGUCUUGUAAACAGCUGCCAGAUGGCAACUAUGAGGUGGGAGUCCACAUUGCCGAUGUCAGUUAUUUUGUCGAGGAGGGCAACGCUUUGGAUACCAUUGCUAGCCAGCGAGCCACAAGUGUGUACCUUGUUCAAAAAGUGAUCCCUAUGUUACCUAGGCUGCUUUGUGAGGAGCUCUGCAGUCUGAACCCUCUCACUGACAGGCUCACCUUCUCUGUCAUUUGGAAAAUCUCACCAGAAGGAAAGAUCCUGAGUGAGUGGUUUGGCCGCUCUGUGAUUCGCUCCUGUGUCAAAUUGAGUUACGACCACGCUCAGAGCAUGAUCGAGGCCCCCGAGAAGAUGUUUGCGGCAGAAGAGCUGCCACCUGUGGACCCCGAGCACCCCAUUGAUGAGAUCCACCAAGCUGUGCUGAACCUACACUACAUUGCCAAAAACCUGAGAGCCCAGCGUUUCUAUGGUGGAGCGCUCCGACUGGAUCAGCUGAAACUGUCUUUCACUUUGGACAAAGAGACCAUGAUGCCUCAAGGCUGCUACAUUUACCAGUACCGGGACAGUAACAAGUUGGUUGAGGAGUUCAUGCUUCUGGCUAACAUCGCCACAGCCAACCAUAUUUACAAACGCUUCCCUGAGCUGGCAUUGCUCAGACGCCACCCUCCACCCAAGGCUAAGAUGGUGGAUGAGCUGCAGGAGCUGUGUGACCAGCUGGGCAUCGACAUUGACCUUUCAUCCGCUGGUGCAUUGCAUAAGAGUCUACUUGCCACACUUGGCAUUGAUGAAUAUUCUACUGCUAGGAAGGAAGUCCUCACCCAUAUGUGCUCCAGACCCAUGCAGAUGGCGCUGUACUUUUGUACAGGUGUACUCCACGACGAGAAGCUUUUUAAGCAUUACGCCCUGAACGUUCCUCUGUACACUCACUUCACGUCACCCAUCCGACGCUACGCCGACAUCAUCGUGCACCGACUUCUGGCGUCUUCGCUGAAGUGUGGUCCUAAGUUAGGACUGUCGACAGAGGGAGUCCAAAAACAGGCGUUGCGCUGCAAUGAAAAGAAGACUGCAUCCAAAAGAGUUCAAGAGCUCAGCUCUGAGCUGUUCUUUGGAGUAUUUGUGAAGGACUGUGGCCCCCUGGACUCUGAAGCUAUGGUGAUGGGCGUGUUGGAUCAGUCCUUUGAUGUGCUGGUUCUUCGCUACGGGGUGCAGAAACGCAUCUACUGCAAGUCUGUUGCCGGCCUGGCCUCUUUCCAGCAUCGCAAGGUAGGGAAAAAAUCAGAGCUGACUCUCCUGUGGACGCCAGAGGACCUACAGGGAACCCCAGUAGAGCAGGUCAUUUCCAUCUUCACACUGGUGGAGGUGCAGCUCAAAGCAGACAGCGUGCCCAUGAAAUACAGCGCAGUGCUCAAGAGGCCCAGUGCAAACACAUCUUAAAUACUUCCCUGCGCUCUGUAACUGCCGGACACGUACAGUAAGCAGCGUUACUCGGUUUUACGCAUGGACAUCACCAUUAGCGCCAAACCACUUGUACGUAGUCUAACAUGGUGUGACUUGAAUUAAUUUACUUGGGAAUCGUGGUAUCACUCUGAAGUAGUCGGUAAUAGCUUUUAGCCUCAUUUACUCUGUGCAGGAAUUGUUCUAAUUAUGAAUUUUGAACAAUUUUUUUUUAGUAUUUUUUUUUUUACCACAGUACAUGUACGGUAAGUGGUAUUUAAAAAAAGGGAAUAGAAUGUGAACUCAUUUUAUCAUUUUACUUCAGGCUUAUGCCACAGUUAGCAUUUGCACUUGUCAACUAGUACUUCUUAAUGAUGACGUAAUUGCAGCGUUUUAUGCAGUGAAACACAUAUAUUUCACAAAGUACCGCUUAUGGUUUACAUUUAAGUUCCUAGAAAUGCCAUACCCAAGGCCUAAACGUAGGUCUGGUAUUGCUUACCUUAAUAAGCUGAAUAAUUUAUUCAUCUUUGUCGUUUUUACUACAAGAUUGAUUGACUUGAAUGUAAAUUGCUGCUGAGUUCUUCAUUAAUUGUAUUCUAAUGUGCUUGGAAGCUUCUUUUUUUAAGGACUGAUACUUUUAAACAAGCUUCCCUUUUUGCUUUAACAGUACCUCAGUUGAGUUCAUGCUGAAUUGUGCCAUUUGAUUAGGUUUUUUUCCUGUCUUGAAAGCAUGCAUGGUUUAGUUUGCGUUCCAUUUUGACAUGAGCUUUAAAGGAAAACUGCACUUAAAAAAAAAAAAUUUGCCCACAAAUCUCACGUACAACAUGAACAUGCAUGUCUUUCUCUUUUCUCUGUGUUCUAAAGAUAUAAAACCGGUGAAAAGAGACAGCUCAUUACUGCACGUAAUGGGACACACCUAUGCCGCCUACAAAGACCGCUAUUAAAAUACCUCCAAAAACCUCCAUCAAGGUUUUAUGGUUUUAUAUCCAUGCUGUGCCAAUGUAGUAACAGGUACAUUCAUGAUAACAUGUAAUACUUAGUGUUUUGGUCCUUGUAAGCUUUACCAGAACUUCCUUCCUGAAUGCAUUGAUUUCAUACAGCAAGAUGGAAAUGACCGCUACACCUUGCAUUAGCUUUUCCAAACUCAAAAAUAAAAGCACAGCAGCAACUCUAAUGUGUAGCGUUACCUUUCGGUAGUGGCCUGAGCUCUGUGGCGCGGGGGCGAGUGUGUGGUGAAGCUGGUCGCUAGCCGGCUAGUAGCUAGCCCAAGUGGAGUGGCAAGGUGUCAGUAUGCCAGUAAAGUAGUUCUUAAGUGUAACAAUGUUGCGCGAGCGGCUGCACGGUGGCCUAUUGGCGAGCUUGUUGGACACACAGUCAGGAGAUUGGGAAGAUCUGGGUUGGAAUCUCCGUUGCGCAUCUCUGUGUGGUGUUUGCAUGUUCCCCCUGUGCAUGCGUGGGUUUUCUCCCUCAUUCCAAAAACAUGCAUGUUAGGUUAAUUGGAGACUCUAAAUUUUCCAUAGGUAUGAAUGUGAGAGUCUUUAUGUGCCCUGAUUGACUGGCGACCAGUCCAGGGUGUACCCCGCCUCUCGCCCGAAGUCAGCUGGGAUAGGCUCCAGCAGACCCUAGUGAGGAUAAGAGGCAUAGAAGAUGGAUGGAUGUUGCGCUAGCUUGGUUAAUAGGCACAUCACAUUAUAUGUAAAUGGAAUGUUGUUGGUGCUUUUAGGAGUUUUUUCAGAAGGCCUUAUAGGAGGAAUAGGUUUUUCCCAUUACGUGCAUUCUUAGCUGCAUCUUUUUAGCUGUUUUUGUAUCUUCAGAACGCACGGAAAAGAGAAAGACGUGUGUUCAUGUCUCUCGUAAGGAUUGUGCAUGAUGGGCAAAAGUGCAGUUUUCCUUUUAGACAUAUGAAAUACAUUAGUUUUAAUUGCCAAACAAGUGGACUGUUUGUGAUGGGGGUGGGCGUGGGAAUGUGUAUAGAAAAAGUUAUUUUGCAGUGUCAUCGUCAUGUGUAACCUCACUUACUCGACAGGCAAUGGUGUGCCGCAGCCUUUUUUUUGACAUGUUUAUCGGAUGUCAUGACAGAAAGGCAGCAAGAGAGUGCGAGAAAAAGACGACUUUAACCUCUGUCGCUAGAUAAAUAAACCCAUGCAUACUUGAAAAUGUGUUCUGCUGUGUCACUCUU